GUAGGCUGAGACACUGAGAGGUGGAGCAACAGUGACCACUUCAACCACGUCACAUUCCUAUAAAUGAAAGUGAAAGCUUGUGUGAGCGACAGCAGAGCUGCAGUUGAGACAAGCCUUUCUGUUUUUCUCUAAAGAAACUUUCAACUGAAUCCUGCAGGUUUUUCUCAACAACACAGCAGAAUCUGUGCCAAACACCGAGUGUAGGUAUGUCUGCUGUUGUUAGCUGUCUGCUGACUGAAGAUCAGUUUCUGUGCUCCAUCUGUCUGGAUGUGUUCACUGAUCCAGUCACCAUACCAUGUGGACACAACUUCUGCAAAAGCUGCAUCACUGAACACUGGGAUAUUAAUGUCCACUAUCAGUGUCCCAACUGUAAAAAGGAUUUCAAAGCAAGACCUGAGCUGCAGGUGAAUACUUUCAUCUCUGAGAUGGCUUCUCAGUUCAGACAGUCAGCUCAACAGAGCGUCAGCAGCAACAGCUCAGAGCAACAAGUUUCUAAACCAGUAGAAGUUCCCUGUGACGUCAGCUCAAAAAACAAAGAGGCUGCCCUAUGUAUCCUCUUUGUGUGUCUGGUGUGUGUCAUCAAGGUCUGUAUGGUUAUAGACUUUGAAGGAAAAAAGGGCGAAUUCGGGAAGACUGAGGCUGAAAUUCAGAAGAGACGACUGAAGAUUGAGGAGAUCAAACUCUCAGUGGAGCUCAGUCAGAAAGAUGCAGACAGAGAGACAGCAGAUGGUGUUCAGGUCUUCACUGCUCUGAAGGAGUCUGUUGAGAGAAGCCAGGCUGAGCUCAUCUACACGAUCAAAGAGAAGCAGAGAAAGACAGAGAAACAGGCUGAAGGCUUCAUCAAAGAGCUGGAACAGGAAAUCUCUGAGCUGAAGAAGAGAAGCAUUGAGGUGCAGCAGCUCCUACAGUCUGAAGACCACCUCCUUAUCUUCCAAAGCUUCACCUCCCUGAAUGCUGCUCCACCCACCAAAGACUGGACAGGAGUCAACGUCUGUGCAACUUCAUAUGAGGGGACAGUGGGGCGAGCUGUGAAUCAGGUGGAGGAGACGCUCAGUAAACAGAUGAAGAAGCUGCUCCCUGAUAAAGAGCUGAAGAGGGUCCAGCAGUAUGCAGUGGAUCUGAAACUGGAUUCUGAUACAGCAAAUCCCUGGCUCAUUCUGUCUGAUGAUGGAAAACAAGUCAGCUGUGGUGAUGUAAGGAAGAAUCUCCCAGAAAUUACAAAGAGAUUUGGAAAUUAUCCCGGUGUCUUAGCAAAGCAGAGUUUCUCUUCAGGAAGAUUUUACUACGAGGUUCAGGUUAAAGGGAAGACUGACUGGACUUUAGGAGUGGCCAGAGAGUCGAUCAACAGGAAGGGAUUCAUCUCACUGACUCCUCAGAAUGGUUACUGGACAAUAUGUUUGAUAAAUGAAAAUGUGUAUGAAGCUCUUGCUGGCCCUUCAGUCCGUCUCUCUCUGAAGUCUCGGCCUGAGAAGGUGGGGGUGUUUGUGGAUUAUGAGGAGGGUCUGGUCUCCUUUUAUGAUGUUGAUGCUGCAGCUCUUAUCUACACCUUUACUGGCUGCUCCUUCACUGAGAAACUCUACCCACACUUCAGUCCAUUUAUUAACUAUGGUGAUAAAAACUCUGCCCCUCUGAUCAUCUCUCCUGUCAGUCAUACUAAGUAGAACAGUUAUCAGGUUUUGUACGUUGAGUUUAAUUUGGUGU